AACCUGCAGGAUUGAACCCAAAGCUGCCAUUACUGCAAGAAUUAAUGCUUAUUGCCAAGAAAUUCAAAUAAAGGAAACUGAUUGGGAAUGUUCGGAGAGGAAACGAUGACAGUGAUAAUUCCAAAUAUGAUGCUUUCUUCAUAAACUAUCCAUAGAGAUGGCACAGCUCUCGAUCAACCUUUGCCUGGUUGGCUUGAAAUGUUUUAAGUCUUUGAUAUAAAAAUUGUGAAAGGACUCGUCGUUUCCAAAGUGAGAUGAAGAUUUUGUUACUGCUGUUUAUUAAAAUUUUUUCGUUGUGUUUCCACACAUGCCUUUAAUUCCCCAUAUUUGAACUUCAUUGCAACUUAAAGAAAAAGUCCAUUUGAAAUUUGAUGGUAGCAUUGUCUUUGUUUGCUUGUCAGUUUUAUAAAAGAAAUGACAUUCCUAAGUCUCAUACCGAAGCCCCCUGUUAAACAUCGUUCACACCAAUGUAAAUGGCACUAUCGAAUCAACUCUUUUGAGAAUAUUUCUGAUUACUUCCCACGGCCAUCUCCCCAAUAACGGCUUUGUGCAGUCUACUUUUACUUGGACUGCAAACGAAUUAAGUUGGAAACAUAUUUUAUUGUAUCUCCAAAGAAAAAGAUCACAUUCUAAUCAUUAUCACUUUUUUUUUUUUUUUACAAGUAAUGUUACGGAUGACAGCAAAAUACAAAUUUUAAAAUCCUGGCUUUAAUAUUUGAGCAUUUUGUAACAUCACAAAUUUUAAAAAUGCUUUCUUUUAAAAUCUGAAAAGGACACUUUGGGGCAGUAAAAUCCUUAAUUUGGGGGGAGGGUCCCACAUUUCUCCGCCCACCAAAAAGUGAUGCAGGGAAUUUCUAUUUUUAAAAAAUCGAUUUGAUACCAAACCUCUGGAAAGGGAUGGGAUUCGCUUUUUUAAAAGCCAGUUUUUAUGGUUUUCAAAUAAGACAUCUUAGAGGUAGACUGGUUUAUUAGAAAACGAUAAAAAGGUGAAAGAUUAUUCUAUCAGUAAAUAAAAAGCAAAGAUAUUUCUUGAUUUCAAAAUAAUAUUUUAUUGGAUCAGUUCUAAUUGUGGAUCAGUCAAAGAAACUGAGGCAUACAUGUGGACUGUGGACUGGGAUCUGGACCGGAAGGAGAAAUUCUGCUUAAAGGACGGUGCUUAUUUAGCGGCUUCGCUCUGCAGAGAUGCCGUUUGGCCUGCCCUGCCACUGUAUCUCCGAAAGGCAAAAGUUAGAAUCGCUGCCCGAUCUCCUCUCCCCCGCCCCUACUGUAGAUCUAAUUGGAAGUGGCAGAUCUAGAAUCGAUGAGUAGUGAGAUUACACUUCCAUCCAACUCCUUUGAACCAUGUUGAAAAGGACUCUCCAUGAGCUAAAAAGUCGAGGUAAAACGGUUCCUUUGGGGGAAAGACUUAUUUUGACUUCACCUGGUGUUUCGCGGAGCCAAAUCACUCAAGUUGUCUUGCAACCAAUAGACUUUAUCUUCUUCAUUCCGUCUACUGUCUAUGCGCCCUAGGUGAGCGCUAGGCAGGUUGGGUGUCCAAACAAGAAGUUUCUAGCAUCACCACUACAGGUAGGACGGACUAUUCACCCUUCUCUCCCAAACAGCAGCCCAGGGCUCUUCCACCCCACAAGAGAGGUGGAGGUAGAGGUAGAAAGUACUUGGGUGCCAGAAGGCACACAGAGAAGUGAGGCCAAGGUUUUUGAAACUGGGACUGCCCCUCGGGGGUCCUCAGCCCCUCACCACCCCGCGCCCUCUGCCCGCGUGCCGGCGCGCGCUCCGCGAGGUGCGUCAAGGAAGAGCGGGGCGCUGCGCGCGCAGGCCAGGCUCAAACUUUCUGCAAGUGCAACUUGGGCAUCCCCGGGGAGGCGGGGACGUGUGGCUCCAGCGGAGGAGGGGGCGCGAAGCGAAAGCGCAGGCGGCCUCAAGCACGGGGGCGAAUCCCCGCUGGGUCGAGGGCCUGAACGGGAGCCAAUCGGGCAGCCGAGGCUACUGCCAAUCACGCGGCUCCCUCCAAUCCCACCCGUGCCAUUUCCAAAAUCUCGGUCCCACUGUGCAGCUCAAAUGUGGUGUUCACUCUGCCAAUCGCUGGAGGAUAGAGUGGGAACAGGAAUAAGCAGAGUUAGGAGGCCAGGACAAAAGAAGUUAAAGAGCGCCCAAUACAUACAUGUUUUUGAAGGCGGGCAGAGGGAAUAAAGUCCCCCCAGUGAGGGUCUAUGGGCCUGAUUGUGUAGUUCUGAUGGAGCCCCCUUUGAGCAAGAGGAACCCGCCAGCGCUGAGAUUAGCGGAUUUGGCAACGGCUCAGGUCCAGCCGCUUCAGAAUAUGACAGGCUUCCCGGCGCUGGCCGGCCCGCCCGCCCACUCCCAACUCCGGGCCGCCGUCGCGCACCUCCGCCUGCGGGACCUGGGCGCUGACCCCGGCGUGGCCACCACUCCGCUCGGACCCGAGCACAUGGCCCAGGCGAGCACGCUGGGCCUCAGCCCUCCCUCCCAGGCGUUCCCGGCACACCCGGAGGCUCCGGCAGCCGCCGCCCGUGCUGCAGCCUUGGUCGCGCACCCCGGCGCGGGCAGCUACCCCUGUGGCGGGGGCAGCAGUGGCGCGCAGCCCUCCGCGCCCCCGCCCCCGCCCCCAGCCCCUCCUCUUCCUCCCACCCCUUCACCCCCUCCCCCUCCCCCGCCUCCUCCUCCUCCUGCCCUCUCGGGCUACACCACCACCAACAGUGGCGGCGGCGGCAGCAGCGGCAAAGGCCACAGCAGGGACUUCGUCCUCCGGAGGGACCUUUCCGCCACGGCCCCCGCGGCGGCCAUGCACGGGGCCCCGCUCGGAGGGGAGCAGCGGUCCGGCACCGACUCCCCCCAGCACCCGGCCCCGCCUCCCCACUCGGCCGGCAUGUUCAUCUCCGCCAGCGGCACCUACGCGGGCCCGGACGGCAGCGGCGGCCCGGCGCUCUUCCCCGCGCUGCACGACACGCCGGGGGCCCCAGGCGGCCACCCGCACCCGCUCAACGGCCAGAUGCGCCUGGGGCUGGCGGCGGCAGCGGCAGCCGCGGCGGCUGAGCUGUACGGCCGCGCCGAACCGCCCUUCGCGCCGCGCUCUGGGGACGCGCACUACGGGGCGGUUGCGGCCGCAGCGGCGGCCGCCCUGCACGGCUACGGAGCCGUGAACUUAAACCUGAACCUGGCGGCUGCGGCGGCCGCAGCAGCGGCCGGGCCCGGGCCCCACCUGCAGCACCACGCGCCGCCGCCGCCGGCGCCCGCGCAGCACCCGCACCAGCACCACCCCCACCUCCCAGGGGCGGCUGGGGCCUUCCUGCGCUACAUGCGGCAGCCAAUCAAGCAGGAGCUCAUCUGCAAGUGGAUCGACCCAGACGAGCUGGCCGGGCUGCCGCCGCCGCCGCCGCCGCCGCCGCCGCCACCGCCCCCGGCCGGCGGCGCCAAGCCCUGCUCCAAAACUUUCGGCACUAUGCACGAGCUGGUGAAUCACGUCACGGUGGAGCACGUGGGAGGCCCCGAGCAGAGCAGCCACGUCUGCUUCUGGGAGGACUGUCCGCGCGAGGGCAAACCCUUCAAGGCCAAAUACAAGCUCAUCAACCACAUCCGCGUGCACACCGGCGAGAAGCCCUUUCCCUGUCCUUUCCCCGGCUGCGGCAAGGUCUUCGCGCGCUCCGAGAACCUCAAGAUCCACAAGCGUACUCAUACAGGGGAAAAGCCUUUCAAAUGUGAAUUUGAUGGCUGCGACAGGAAAUUUGCCAAUAGCAGUGAUCGGAAGAAACAUUCCCAUGUCCACACCAGUGACAAGCCCUACUACUGCAAGAUUCGAGGCUGUGACAAAUCCUACACUCACCCAAGCUCCCUGAGGAAGCACAUGAAGAUUCACUGCAAGUCCCCGCCACCUUCUCCAGGACCCCUUGGUUACUCAUCAGUGGGGACUCCAGUGGGCGCCCCCUUGUCCCCUGUGCUGGACCCAGCCAGGAGUCACUCCAGCACUCUGUCCCCUCAGGUGACCAACCUCAAUGAGUGGUACGUUUGCCAGGCCAGUGGGGCCCCCAGCCACCUCCACACCCCUUCCAGCAACGGAACCACCUCUGAGACUGAAGAUGAAGAAAUUUACGGGAACCCUGAAGUUGUGCGGACGAUACAUUAGAAUUUAUUAUUAAUAAUAAUAAGUGAAAUAAUAAGUGGGAGUCCUUGAACCACAUCCUAACCUGAGACAAUGCCGAGCCUGAGACAAACCCGUGACUCAGACUUGCCACCGGGUCUAAUUAGCCCUAUUUAUUCAGUAUGAAACCCUAUGGUGUUUGUACAUUUAAUUAAUUUAAUUAAGAUAUUUGGGCUUUUUUUUUUUUCUUAAAAAACAAACAAAAAACAACCAAGCUGGACUUGUACAUUGCAGGAGGAUGGGGCUGGGGGCAAAUUGUACCAAGGAAAAUGAAUGGAGAAAUUAGUUAAUGGCGAUACACACUGCCGAUGCAAUAUAUAUAUAUAUAUACAUAUAUAUAUAUAUAUUUUUUUUUUUAAAGGGGGAGAAAAAGAGCAUUAAGUCAGAACUGAACACAGCACCAAGGCCCUCUGCAUUUCCCAGAGUGCCUCUCAAAUGCCUUUGACACCAUACCAUGGGCUGCUUUUGAGCCUCCUUGUUGGACCCUAAUUCUGCCAAGGCCUCUUGAUUGUAAACCACACACCUGCUGCAUUGCCAACAGAUCCUGUUCCAUACCUGUGUCCAAAAACAUUUGUAAAAACCCUUUGAGUUUAAUAUUUGUAAUUUUUAAUUUCCACUCUUUUAUUACUGAUCUUACCUUAAUACAAUAUUUUUAUACAGGAUUAUUUCUUCAGUAUCCUACUGUGUGAUUUUAAAAAAAGAUGCAGCAACCUUAAUAUAUCUCCAUAUCUUGUGCUACUGUGAUUGUUCAAGCAAAAGUGGAGAGAAGAAAAGCUGCUGCAAAAGAUAACUGUGAAACUGUGAUAUUUUAUAAAAUAGAAGAAAUUCAAGUACUUUCUUUUUCCUAUAUGUUUUUUUUUUUUAAUCUGAAUUCUCAGAUACUGCCUCCUAACUGUGUCCAAACUUCUUGUGUAAUAAAGAGAUUCUGUUUUCGAUCCUAAGUUCUUUGGGAUGCCAACAUUCACAGUCAAGUCUUGAGGAGGUGUGAUGAUGGCAUCAUGCCUAUUUUUUUGGAAAGCUGUUGUUUUUAAAACAGGCCAACACCUCUUUUAUACUGUUGUAUCAGCCUUUUAAAAAGUCUAUUUUUCAAUGCCUGAAACUGCAUUUUAAUGCAUUUUCUUCCACCUGAGCACUGAGCACACCAAACUGGAAUCCAUUUGAAAAUGACAGUGUGUGAAGUGUAUGAUUUACAUUAAAAGAGGGGAGGGAGUUGCCAUACAUAUUAAAAUUUUUAAAAGGUUUAUAGUUACCACCAAACACUGAUGAAUGUGUGACCUUUGCCAGAGCUGUCAAGCUAGGAUAAAAAAGGUCAAGGACCUAGGACAAUAACUCUUAGUCAAUUUAUUUUCGGUUGGUACAACACAUCUCCUGUGCAAAAUGUAGUCCAUCAGAAACAUCCUACAGAUACACUAAAGAGCACUAAUUUAUCCUUAGAGACCCCGAAGACACCCCCUCCCCAGGGUUUGUAGAAAUUUGUUUUGUGUGCUGUGAGUGGUUGAUGUAGUCUUGUCAUUGUUAAUAACUUGUAUGUGAACACUAUUAUUUGUACAGUUGAAUUAAUUUAUUUUCAGACAUCAUCCUUUUUUUUUUUUCUUUCCUGGAAGAGUUCAAAGCACACCAAAGAAUUAUAUUAUACAUUUUGGUGAAAGAUUGUCAUUUAUGAUCCAUGGUUUAUUUAAAAAAAAAAAAGGAAAGAAAAUGGAAAAAUAUAUUUUUAAGCUUACUUGAAUGAACAACGUAAUGUGAAAACCAAGACUCUUCCUGCAUGUCUUUUUUGCAUUGUGUUGAUAAGAUUAUAUAUAGUUUAUAGAUAUAUUAUAUUACUAGUACAGUGCAUGGUGCUGUCACUUGGAAAGCCUUUCAAUGUUGUCUUCAGAUUGUUGUGAUGAAUAUGAAACAUGCAGACCCUCCUUUAUAAAGAAAAAGACCUUAAAACUUGAAUAUGAGAUAAUUUUACAUUUUAAAAGUUUAUUUGAUUUUCAUAUUAUUCACUUUCAAAGCCCUUUCAAAUAGAAAAGGUAUGAACUUUUGGGGGGAUAAUUUAUGUAUCGUAAACUUAUUAGAACAAAAUAUUCCUGAUGUAUAAUGAGUUGUUUUAUUUAUACAACUUUUUCAAUGGUAGUUUGCACUAUUCUUUAUUAUGCUACAGGUUUAUUUAUUAUGAAACAAAGGAAUAUGUAUUUUAUGUAUUUUACCAUGCAUAGGUUAACUCUUUGCCACAGAUUUAUUGGUUCUUGAUACACCUAAAAUAAAACAAAAUGUGUACCUCCAAUAGAGAGCAAGCAAGAAUGAUUAUGAAGUAACAAAUUUAAUAAAGGUAUUCUUGUUAUUA